GUUCAUUAUUGCAAAAAAAUUCAGUAGAAAAAAGAAACGAGAAAGAAACCAAUUGUGAAACCUCCCCGGGGAGACGAAUGUGAAAAUCCACCAGUUUUUAGAAGUAAACAAUGCCAGUUGAAGAAAAUAAAGAGCUGAGGGAUUUGGUGACCGAAACUUUGCAGAAAAAGGGCGUCCUCGGGAAAGUCCAGGCAGAGAUACGGGCCAGCGUCUUCCUCGCCCUCGAAGAACAGAACGUAUUCAAGGACAAAUCCCCUUUUAUUAACAGGCAGCUUAAAGACUUUGUCAAAACAAGCGAUGGCAACAUGAUAAUCUCCUUAGUCCGGGAAUUCCUCGAGUUUUUCAAUCUAGAAUUCACUUCAAUGGUAUUUGACCCAGAAACACAUGCAGGUAUUGAUUAUACAUAUGAAGGGAGGCAUAAAUUGGCUAAAGAUCUCAUGCUCAGCAAUGAAGAACAAGAAAGCCGACCCCUCUUGAGCCUUUUGAUCGGUGCUAUACAAACCAACAACAUUCGAGCCCGAAACGGCAUUAACUUCGCCAAAGAUGCCACAAGAGAGAAAGAAGUCAACCUCCUCGAUUUUGACAAGUCGCUCAAUGGUAUAAAUGGUGAUUACCCAUUUCAAGGCGAUGGAGACAAAGUUAAGACAGAUGAAACUAAACAGCCGGAAAAUAGUCGGAAUCAAGAACGCACCGGACAUUCUAAAGAAUCUCAAGGAAUGUCUUCUUUAUCCUCAUUGAGCAACUUGCCGCCAUUGGGAAAACCACCAGGAGGAAAUUUGGAAAUAAACGAUUACAAUUUCAAAGCCAUCCUAGAUAUUGGUCUGAGUACUAACGACGAUGAAGAAUUUUUAACUCAGGUUAAAAAAGACAAUUUGGAAGAGAUCAAACCUCCCAAGGUUGGUGUCGACAGCGAAGAGAGCGAAAUUGAAGAGGAUCUGUCUCGAAAUUCAAACAUUUCUGCACCCGGGGAUGAUAACAGCAUCGAUAUCACCAUAUCAAAAGCGAGCGGACAUGGAGAUUAUUUGGAGGAUGGGAUACAAAAGCAAACAGAGCAUAAGAAAAAGUAUGUUUCUCAAGAAGGAGAUGGUGACAAGAAGUCUGACAUCAGUGUGUCGAAUAAAAUGUCAUCUGUAGGCGAUUCAACCAAGGCUAAAAAAACAGCCAAAUUGGAUUACGGCCCAAUGACCACGAAUAUUCUCCCACCUGCACAGCCCGAUGGAAAAUGUAAUUUGUCCAACUCGACCUCGAGCGAAAGAGCUGACCUCGACCAUAGCAAAUGUGAUACAUUUAGUGAGAUUGAUGACAUAGAAGAGGAGUUCUUAUCAAGUUCCAGCGAAAACCCCGACAACCAACUUUUCAUUAUGGAGUCCCAUGAGAAAAAUCCUGAGCCGAGAGAGAAGAACAACAAAAUCAACGACAUGUUCGGCAACGUAAAAACUUUGCAAACGAUUGACAACGCGGUGACACAAAUUGUUAAAAAGAAAAUCCCCCAUUUGGCCGAUUUGCCCCUUAAAGAUGAAAUAGUCAUUAUCAAUCAGGUCGACGAUGCAAAGGAAGUGGCCCAUACUAAAAAGAGUUCCGAUUCGUUGUCUCGCAUCCUUCCCGCUGAAAGUAGAAGUGUCGCAAGUGUCAUUACGCAGAAUGACAUUACAAUAAAAAUCAAUGAAAAUCCAAAAACUCAAGAUGUCUCAGACAGGGUGAUGGUCGGUGGCCAACAGCUCGACAAAGAAGAAUAUAAGAGCAUUUUUCAAGAAUUAGAGAAAGGCCUUGGAGCAAAAAUCGAGUCAAUAUUCAUACCCGAAGAGCCUAAGAUUCAAGUUACACUUACAUCACCUACAAAGCAUGAUAGCUUACAGUACGGCGAUGUUGGGAAAAAAACUGUCAAGGAACAAAAAGAGAAACAUUUACACGGCUCUUUAGAAAACAGAACUGCAAAAUCUGACCAUGAGUCUUCUGAUUCUCCUUUGUCGAAGUCUCAAGAUUCGAAGGGUCAUGUCAAGAGGUCUUUAACCAAAUCACCAGAGCAAGAGUAUAAAAUAAACGAUAAUCAGAAAACCUCAAACUCGUCGAGCCCUAAAAGUCACAGCAAAACUGAUUCUUCCCACUCACUAAAGAAAUCUGGUGGCAAAGACAAAUCUGACAAGCUUGAUUUUGCUUUAAAUUUGCAAAAUCAUAAAUCAGAAAAACACGAAAUGCGCAUUGAAAGCAAUUCACCAGGAAGAAACAGAGGAAGCAUCGGAGAGAAGCUUAAACAAGUCGAUACGAGUAACAUUGAUUCGUUUUUUAAAUUCGGAGUUGAUACAAGUUAUGAAGAGUUUUGCAAAUUCAAAAGUGAAAUGCUAAGGCUGAAGGGAUAUCAUGCCAACAAAGGGGACAACGACAAUUCAUCAUGUUCUUUAACAUCAGUUUCCUCGUGCAGCAAAGGCAAAUGUGAAGAGAGGAUAUUGCAAAAGGAUGAUCAUACAAUUUCACUAUCUUUAGAGGGAAAGCAACCAUCGUUUCCAAAAGUCCUUCCUCCUCUCAAGUUAAGCACGUCCAGUAGGAAAAAAAGCAAACUCCUAUCUAAGGACAGUGAUCAUGCUUCAUCGCUCAAGGAAGAUAGUGAAAAGUCGCAGUCGUCGCACACAAAAAAAUCAAAAAGUCGAUCCUCCGAAAGCAGGCAGAACACAAUUGACAUAGAAGUUUCAAAUAUCAGCACUGAGCAGGAUGAAAAAACACAGGAUAUUUCGCAUUCUUCUGUCAGCUGUAUUGGAGAUUAUAUGGAGCCUGUUUCUCUCACGGCCUUGCCUCCUAGGUUUUGAUCGUAACUUAGAAGUUUGCCAACCCUCCAGCCCUGUGUUUUUCUUCAAUUUAGUAAAUAUUAGACAUAAGCACAACAUCGAACUUGGCCCUUUUUGUGAAUACAAGGAAGAAAAAACAUAAUGGAAAGGAAAUAAACAUGGAUUAGAAGUA